AUGCCACAAAGUGAAUACCCUGUUGAAGGUCUUAAUCCAAAGAGUGAAGUUCAAGGCCUUGAAUUUUUAAAACUUUAUCCAAACUACGAUGGUAGAGGAGUAAGAGUUGCAAUAUUUGACACUGGAAUUGAUAUCGGAGCUCCAGGUUUAAAUGGCUUGACAACGGAUGGUAAAAGAAAAAUCAUUGAUGUUGUUGAUUGUACAGGAUCCGGUGAUGUAGAUACCAAAACUAUUGUCAACCCUGAUGCAAAUGGAAUUGUUAUUGGAAAGACAGGAAGGAAAUUAAAAAUUGAUGCAAAAUGGAAGGAAUUAAAUAGUUCCAAUGAGUAUCACGUUGGUAUAAAGAGUGUUUUCGAAUUGUAUCCCAAACCAUUGAUUGAUAGAGUUAAGGAAGAAAGAAAAAAACAAUUCCAAAAGAAACAAACAGAGAAAGUGAAUGAAAUUAAGGAAAAAUCUAAUUUAUUGAAAAAUUCUACCGAUGAAAAAUCAAAGAAGGAACUUUCAGAAUUAGAAAAACAACUCGAUUUAUUGAACGAUUUAAUGAAGAAUUAUGAAGACUCUGGUCCACUUUUGGAUUGUAUUGUAUUUUUAGACGAGAAGGCCAACGUGUAUAGAGCUGUGGUUGUUCAUGAUAGUUAUGAUGCUGAGAAGAAUAUUUUUGAAACCUCUAGUUUUGAUGAACAAGUUGUCGAUUUGAGUAAUGAAAAGUUGAUGAGUGACUAUAGCCUGAAUUACGAAUAUUCCACCUUCACAGAACUUGAUUUAUUGAACUAUUCUUUCAAGAUUUAUGAUAAUGGUAACUUGCUUUCUAUUGUUACUACCUCAGGAUCUCACGGCUCACACGUUGCAGGAAUUGUUGGCGCUCACUUCCCAGAUAAACCAGAAUUGAACGGUGCAGCACCUGGUUGCCAAAUUGUUUCAUGCAAAAUUGGUGAUAAUAGAUUGGGUUCUAUGGAAACUGGAACAGCUCUCAAUAGAGGCUUAAUUUCCUGCUAUGAAAAUAAGUGUUCCAUUAUUAAUAUGUCAUACGGCGAGCCAAGCUCUCUUGCUAACACUGGUAUCUUUAGAGAAAAGUUGGAAGAAUUGGUUUACAAUCACAAUGUUACAUUUGUCACCUCAGCUGGUAACGCUGGACCAAACUAUACAACUUGUGGUGCCCCUGCUUCCUUAUCUGACUCAUGUAUAGGUGUUGGAGCUUAUGUAACCCAGUCUAUGAUAAAAGCUCAGUAUGGACUUUCUGAGACAGUUCCAGAUUCCCAAUUUACAUGGUCUUCCAGAGGUCCAACAGAGGAUGGUCAAUUGUGCCCAACUAUUUCUAGCUUGGGUGCUGCUAUUACCAGUGUACCAAACUAUACUCUACAAUCUGUAAAUCGAUGUAAUGGAACUUCCAUGUCUUCACCUCAAUGUUCCGGUUGUCUUGCAUUGCUUUAUAGUGCCUUAAUAGCUGAGGGAAGAAAAUGGAAUCCUUAUUACAUCAAAAAAGUUUUGGAAAAUACUGCAAGAAAUAAUCAUGAAAAUGAUGAAAAGAAUGUGGAUGAGCAUAGCCAUCAUCCAUUAUCUAUUGGUUCAGGAUUAGUUCAAGUUUUGGACGCCUUUAAAUUUAUUGAAAAGCAAAAGCCAUUCAAUCCAGACACUGACGAUUAUAGAUAUGUAAUUUCAAUUCCACAAAGAAAUAAUGCAAGAGGCAUUUAUUUAAGAGAAUUUGAGGAGACUCACUCAACCCAAUUCUAUACAGUCAGUAUUGAUCUUGUCUACAAUGAGAAAACAAAGAAUAUGAGCAAGAUCGAGUUUGAAAAGAGAUUCAAACUUGUACCUAUUUUUUCUAGCAAUAAUGCAAAUACAGUCACAGAUCACAAAGCAAAUGAGACUCCAAAAUUCAUCAAAGCACCAGAAUUCUUACACAUACCAGGAACAUUCUCAUUCGUUGUUCAAAUUAAUACUGAAAUUUUAGACGAAAAUAAUGUUUAUUUUGCCAGAAUUGAUGCUCUUGAUUGUGAUAAUAUGGAAUUCGGUCCAGUUUUCUCUGUUCCAAUUACUGUAAUGAAACCUUACAAGCUAGUCAAAUCUGAUACCGAAGUAGAAUAUAGAAAGACUUUCACCUAUCAAAUGAAAUCAGGAGAACUCUAUAGACAAUAUAUUAGCACCCCUUCAUGCUCUAUUCAAUACUGCAAGUUAUCAUUGAGAGCUGAUGAAAUGGACACACAAAAAAUGCUCGUCUUCCAUGCUACACAACUUUUGGACAGGGAAGCCUAUUCUAAAUAUGACACCAGAAAAUUCAUUCAAGUUUCUCAGUCAGAUGUUUCCACUCACAAUAUUAAGACUGUUCCAAAUAGAACUCUAGAAUUGACAUUUGGUCAAUUCUGGUCCUCUCCUGGACAAUGUAAAAUUACAGUUGAUGUAGAAUUCUAUGGAAUCGACUCUAUCAAUAUUUCCAAUGAUGAGAUAUUCUUUGAUGGAAGUGAAGUUGCUAGAAAGAUACAACUCACUUCAUCAUUAAGAAAUAUGGAAAUGAAUAUUUCUGCAAAACUUGAUUCUUGGAAAGAAACACUCUCUCCAACCAAUAGUGAAGAUUCAAAACUCAUUCAAAUUCAAAACAAUCCAAGAAAUACCUAUUUUGAUACUGAAAAGUGUAGCUAUGAAAUGAUACUUGACUAUAAUCUCAAGAUGGCAUCAGAUCAUGAAAUUAUCACCUCACUACCAGUUCUCUCCAAAUUACUCUAUGAAUGCAAUAUUGAAUCAAGAAUGCUUAUGAUCUUCAAUAAGAAUAAGAAAUUAGUCAAGGUUUCUGAUUACCAUCCUGAAAAAUUCAAGUUGAAGAAGGGUGACUAUGUUGUCAGAGCACAAUUCAGACAUGACAAUAUUGCAACCCUACAAAAGCUCAAGAAUUAUCCUCUCGUCAUUACUCACGUACUUGCCAAACCAAUUUCACUCAAAUUAUUCAAGCACAUCAAUGGUGCUCUUACUGAUGUUGAUAAACAAGAUGAAAAAUUCAAGUUGAGUUAUGGUAGAAGCAAUUCCUAUGCCUUGGGAUAUUCUGGAGUUGAAAAGGAUUUACCAAAGGAGGUUAAGGCUGGCGAUAGAUUGACUGGUAAAUUCCAAUAUCAAGGUGUUGAUGUUGCCACUGUUCCACUUACCUUUGUGGUUCCACCUUCUUUCUUGGCAAGUGAAAAAUCAACUCCUGAAAAGGAAAAUAAGGCUGAUGAAAGAACGGCAGAACAAAAGUUCCAAGACUACAUUAUUGAACAACAAGUAACCUAUCUUAAAAAGCUCAAAGCUGAAGCUUUACCAUUUGUCAACACACUUUUAGAGAACAAUCCAAAGUAUUUGGGACUUCUUCUAUUGAAGCUUGAUAUUCUCAAGGAACAACUCAAGACCAGCACUGAAAAGAAGGAUCUCGUCAAUCAAAUUACUCAACUUGUUGAUAGUGUCACUGAAGUCGCUAACAUUUCUGAUUUGAUUAUUCACUAUGGUAGUCAACCAAAGAAUAAGACAAAGAACGAAGAUGAAGAAUCUGAACUCGAACAACAAGCAUACCAACUCAAAUGUAAAGAAAUGGAUAAGAAGAAGGAUGCACUCAUUAAUUCAUUGCAAACCAAACUCGAUUUGUUGUUAGAUGAUACAACUGGCUCAGAAAUUUCGGACAGAGAUACUCUAAUCAAGCAAACAAUGAAGACCCUCAGACAAUUUGUUGAUCCAACAGAGAAAUUCCUCUUCACAGAUGUCCAAUAUGAUUUAUACUUUAAAUAUCAAACAGUUGCCCUUCAAAAGUUGAUUAAAUCAUUGGGAGAACAAAAUGAAAAUGAAUCCAAAUUGUAUGAUCUCAUAUCCAAGCUCACUGGAGAGAUGGGAUUCAACCAUUGGUCCACUCUCUUGAAAAAUAAUAAGAAGAUGAGAUUCCCAGACAGUUAUACCCUUUUCUAAAAGUACUAUCUGUUCUUUGAACACUUAAUAUAUUGCUUUUUAUUGAAUUUAUUAUUAUGUUUUAAUAACUUGUGAUCAUCAAAUUAGAAUGUUUGAAACGUCUUAGAAGCGUACACAAUAAACCUCCUUC